UUCUCAACCAGACUCUGACGACUCGAUCCUCAUAGACAAGAUGGACGACGAAGACGAUUUCGGAGGCUACGGCUCUGACGAACUCAGCGUGCGGGUGACCAGAAAACCGAUCGCUAGCACGAGCAUCGCUCCAGCUAAACGGAAACCCUCUACAGCGAAAACAUCGUCGGCAUCAUCUUCAACGACGGCGAAAGCGGUUAAAGCGGGAGCUCGAGGCGGGGCCGCUCGCGGUCGAGGGAAAGCUGCUGGGACGCGAGGGAGAGGUCGACCCAAGGCCGUUCAAGAGACUCGCGAUGAUGAGAGAGAAGAAGAUGACGAACAGGAAGUCAUCGAUAUCGAGGCGGACGUGGGUUUGGAAGACGACAAAGACGAGGAAGACGAGAAGGAUGACGAGGAUGUGGAUAUGGAUGAUCCGGAACCGGAGCCGGUACGAGCAGGCCGACCGAAACGAGGAGAAACAGCCAAAGAGACCGCGAACGGUAGUAAACCGCCUUCCAAGGCCGUCGCUCCCGAGUCCAAGGUGUCCAGGGGAAAGUCGACUGCUACAUCAGGAACGGAAGACAAACCGACGAGCCGGGAACAGGACCUGGAACGAGAGUUGACAAAGAUAAAAUCACAACUGACACGUCGGACGGAAGAACGGGAUUCACUAGACAAGCAGUUCAAGGAGCUCUCGGCGAAAAAGGGAGGAGAGAUGGAGAAGCUCUAUGACAAGCUGAAAGAGAAGAGCGACGAUCAGGCUCGAGCCCAGGACAAGAUCAUCGAGACCCUAGAGCAACUCAACAAGAAGCUCAACUCGCAAGUCGUCGUUCUCGAACAAUCCUUGGGCGAGAACAAGAAGAAUUCCAUCUCUCACGAGGACCGACUGCGAGAGGAGAAGAGCCGGGCGGAAAAGCUCGAGAAGGAGAAGAAGGAGUUGCAAGCAGCCCUGGACAAGGCGAAGGCGGUACCCCCUGCGGCGCCGUUGCCGCCGGAUUUGAAGAAGCUGGAGGAGGAGGUCAAACAGUGGAAGGCCCAGGUCAAUGUAUACAAAGGGAAAGUCGAGGAGAAGCAGACGGAGAUCAACACGUUGACGCAAGACCUGGAACAAGAGAUCAAGAUCUCCAAAGCCGCUCUGGCCGAAUCGCAACGUCAAGCGGCCGCCAUGUCCAAGAUGACCAAGUCGCCCGGGGUAUCAACGUCUGCCAAGGACGUGGCGGCCGAUCGGGAACAGAACGAACAGAUCAUCAAGCUUUACGAGGACAUGACGAACUUGAUGGUGCCGAAAGUCAAUAUUGUCAGAGGUGGGAAUGGGGAAGAAGUGACGUUCGUCUGUGUACAGACGGUCGACGGGAGGAGCAUGAGUUUCAAGCUCAAGAUCUACAAAAAGGCUUCAACUGACCCUGCCCAACCGGGUUCGUGGAUCUAUACCAAAGUCAUGCGCUACAUCCCGCUCGAUCUAGAGUUACAGGAUCAGGCGUUUGUAAACGCGCUUGGUGUUUUUAAAGACUCGCUCGAAAUGCCCAUGGACCAGGCGAUGGCUUUCUGGACAAAUCUUCGGGAUUCGAUGACGCAGGACGAAGAGGAAUGAGCAAGAAGAAGCCGGAGGGUGGAGACCGUUGUAUUUGCGUUCUACUUCUCUCCCUCGAUGCCCGUCCUUUCUUUCCAGUCUUCUUGUAAAGUUAGCAUUAUAAUAAGCUACCGGGGCGGAUCAGAAUUCUGUAGAUCUUGUAUAGUCAAUCAAUAGACAUCCGUUGGUUGAGUCGGCGGACCAGUUGAUGUGUGAGGCGAUUCCGUCUUUAUGUGUUGAAGCAUUAUCUACGCGCUUCGCGGCGCUUGCGUUGGGCAACACCCGUUCAGCCCGAAUCUCGAUAACGCGCACAGUCCAGGACGCACCGCCAGUCUAGCUUGUCUGUUCCUUCCGCUAUACGUUCAUACAACAGCGCAGCUCGACCAUUCAUCUCACCUUGUAUCCGUUCAUCCCUCGACACUAACCAUCGCACCAGGUAUU